UCGCCUGUCGUUGUCUGGCGGCUCUGGGCUUCCCUGCUGCUCAGGCAGCUCAAGGGCCACUCUGUUUUGGGGUCCUCGCCGCCCUUCCACGUCUCCCGGAAGAGGUAGUCCGGCUACGGCAGGUCCUGGAGCAGGCUUACUGAGCCCGGGCCCUCUCUGGGCUGGCUGCUGAGGGGGCCCGGCCCAGGAGGGCGACGUGGCCACGGUGCAGCUGUUAGGAGUCCUCAGGUUCCUCAAUAGGUUGUGCUGCUACCGUCAUGUCUUGGUUUGCUGAUCUUGCUGGAAGAGCAGAAGAUCUUUUAAAUCGAGUUGAUCAAGGGGCUGCAACAGCUCUCAGUAGAAAGGAGAACACUAGCAACACCAUCUAUAGCAAGAGCACUGACUAUGCUGGACUUCAGCAAAAUACAGAUUCGACCUACCAGACUGGGCCUGAAGACUCUUACAUUUCUUCAGAAGCUGAUAGCAUUCGGAACCAAAAAGCCACCAUCCUUGCUGGCACUGCAAAUGUGAAAUACAGACCGCUUGCAGAGGCCUCCCAUCCUGUUGAAAGUGCAUCUGCUCCUAGGCCUUCAUCCCAGUUUGUGCGAAGGAAAAAGUCAGAACCUGAUGAUGAGCUGCUAUUUGAUUUUCUUAAUAGUUCUCAGAAGGAGCCCACUGGGAGGGUGGAAAUCAAGAAAGAUAAGGGCAAGGCGCCUGCCAUUCCAAAUGCUCAGACACCAAGUGUCAGUUCUGUGAAUACCAGUGCAACCACCACCAAGGCCAGUGAAGAAAAUUCUGCCAGCCAAAGCCAUGAAGUUGCUAGUAAUUCACAUGUUCACCCUGAAAGCCAUGAGGAUUCCUCAAAGGAAAGCACAUCAUCAAAUGCUGCCUGCACCGAUCACAGCUCAGCACCUAGCGAUGGCGACCAGUCACAUGAGCUGUCUAAUCUCCGACUGGAGAAUCAGCUGCUGAGGAAUGAAGUCCAGUCUUUAAACCAGGAAAUGGCCUCAUUACUUCAACGAUCCAAAGAAACUCAAGAAGAAUUAAACAAAGCAAGAGCAAGAGUUGAAAAAUGGAAUAUUGACCAUUCAAAAAGUGAUCGAAUAACUCGAGAACUCCGAGCCCAAGUUGAUGACCUGACUGAAGCAGUUGCUGCAAAGGAUUCCCAGCUGGCUGUACUGAAAGUGAGACUCCAGGAGGCUGACCAACUGCUGAGCACACGCACAGAAGCUCUGGAAGCCUUACAGAGUGAAAAGUCUCGAAUAAUGCAGGACCACAAUGAAGGUAGUAGUCUACAGAAUCAAGCUCUGCAAACUCUUCAGGAGAGACUGCAUGAAGCAGAUGCCACUCUGAAGAGAGAGCAAGAGAGCUACAAACAAAUGCAGAGUGAGUUUGCCGCACGCCUUAAUAAAAUGGAACUAGAACGUCAGAAUUUGGCAGAAGCAGUUACGGCGGCAGAAAGAAAAUACUCUGAUGAGAAGAAGAGAGUUGAUGAGCUACAGCAGCUAGUCAAGUUACACAAGUCGAAUUUGGAAUCGUCUAAGCAGGAGUUACUUGACUACAAGCAAAAAGCUACUAGAAUACUCCAAUCUAAAGAAAAAUUGAUUAACAGCUUAAAGGAAGGCUCUGGUUUUGAAGGCCUAGACAGCAGUACUGCUAACAGUAUGGAGCUAGAAGAACUUCGGCAUGAGAAGGAAAUGCAAAGAGAGGAAAUACAGAAGCUGAUGGGUCAGAUACAUCAGCUCAAGUCUGAGCUGCAGGAUAUGGAGGCUCAGCAGGUUAGUGAAGCUGAGUCAGCAAGAGAACAAUUACAAGAUCUGCAAGACCAGAUAGCUGGGCAGAAAGUAUCGAAACAGGAACUAGAAACAGAAUUGGACCGAAUGAAGCAGGAAUUCCACUAUAUAGAAGAUGAUCUAUAUCGAACAAAGAACACAUUGCAAAGCAGAAUUAAAGAUCGAGAGGAAGAAAUUCAAAAACUCAGGAACCAGCUUACCAAUAAAACUUUAAGCAACAGCAGUCAGUCUGAGCUAGAAAGUCGACUCCAUCAGCUGACAGAGACCCUCAUCCAGAAACAGACCAUGCUUGAGAAUCUCAGCACAGAAAAGAACUCCCUGGUCUUCCAGCUGGAGCGACUCGAGCAGCAGAUGCACUCUGCCUCCGCAAAUGCUAGCAAUGGAUCCUCCAUUAAUAUGUCUGGAAUUGACAGUGGUGAAGGCACACGUCUACGAAAUGUUCCUGUUCUUUUUAAUGACACAGAAACUAAUCUGGCAGGAAUGUAUGGAAAAGUUCGCAAAGCUGCUAGUUCCAUUGACCAAUUUAGUAUUCGUCUGGGGAUUUUUCUCCGAAGAUACCCCAUAGCACGAGUGUUUGUAAUUAUAUAUAUGGCUUUGCUUCACCUCUGGGUCAUGAUUGUCCUACUGACUUAUACACCAGAAAUGCACCAUGACCAACCAUAUGGGAAAUGAACUGAGCCGGGCUGUUUCAAUGAGUGGUUUUUUUCUAGACCUGGAAUCUGUAAAAAGGCCAAUUGCCUGAAACUGCUGAGAAGGGUGUCUGAGAUGAUUUUAUCACUAUAAGCUUUUAACUUUUUAAGUUAUUAUACAAGUACUCUACUACCUAAAUCUUCCGCGUUUCCUUCAAAUGGUAAGAGUUUCUAAAAACAAAUAAUUUAACAAGGUCAGUUCUGCUUUUUCUAAGUUCAGAGUUCCUGAUACAUAGAGAAAUACUGAGGUCAUUCACCUCUGUGCAGACCUUCGUGUAUUCUAGGUGACACUGCUUAUUGGUUACAAUCAGGGAAACUAAUUGUAUUUAGUGAGAAAAAUAAAAAGGUUUCUUUUUUGAUAAUUCAGUCUGCUUUUGUAUUUCCAUAUAUUUAACUUUGCAGAUAGAGAUUUAAUUUUACAUGUUAAAGGCCUGAUUGAUGUAAAUCUUUUUAUAAAUACAUAAAUAAAAUUUACUAUGCAUUUUCCUUUU